AUGCUUCUAUAUUUUCUGCUAACAUUUCCAACUUUUAUAUUCUCCUACCAAACCAAUAAAGAAAUCGCCAAAUCACUUGUGAAUCAGUACCGCGAUGCAAUUUAUAAUAGAGACCAAAUGAAGUUAUAUGAGGUUUUGCACCCGGAAUUCCAACUAAAUCAAUGUAAUCGCAAGAAGUUUGCGAUUUCUAGAGAAAAAUUAUUCGAUAAUCUUCGAAGUCUUCCAACUGUUGAUGUGCAUCUCAACGAAGUAUUUAUCGGUGAUGCUCGACAAGAAGAAGGUUUUCUAAAAAUCAUCGCAACAGCAAAUGGUGCAAGAAUAACUAUUCACGCAAUAGUUGACUAUAAUGGAUUUUGGUACAUCAUCAAGGAGAACGAUUUCGAUUGCCGCGAUGGUGUAUUAUCUACACCACUUAUAGAUUACGACAAGAUCGCACUACUCACUGCGCAAAAUUUAUUAUCCCGAUUAUUCUACGCUUCUCGAAUUCGUGGAAGAGCAGAGCUUUUUCAAGCAAUCAUGGAACCGUACACAAUCGACUGGUGUAAUUACUACAAAACCAAAUCACAAGUAUUGGAUGUUAAUCAACUUGUUCAAUUCGGUUCAGAAGAAUAUGAUUCAAGAGAAGCCGACUUCACAGUUGUAAUCAAAUCUGCAAAAUUCGCCGAAUCUUCCAGAAUUUUGAUUAUCGAAGCAGAAGGUGGUGCAAUCAACAGUACAUUUUAUGCAAGACCAUUUUCAAAGGGACACUAUCGUUUAGCCAGCGAGACGAAACAUAGAUGUUACGGUUAUGAACCAGGAAUGCAAUAUAAUAUUCUACAGUAUGCUAAACUUCAAAACUACUAA